GAUUUCUCCCCUUCCUGCCCAUAUACAUUCAGCCAUAGUUGUUUCCAACUCGACUUCGGAUUCUGCUUCAAUUCUGCUUUGAUCAGCGUCACUAAUAUGGCAGGAAAGAUCAAGAAAACUAUCUCCAAGACAGCGCAGGCUCCUUUGAGCCCAACUGACCGCGUUGAAGACACCUAUUCGCCGUACACUGACCAGUUCUUUGCCGACAUGGCCACCAAGAUUGCAGUUACAUUUCCAUACGAGGAAUUCGCAGCUUAUCAUGGUUGCAGCCCGAGCCAUCUCGCGGGGGCGAUGAGUGCCCUAGUCCUCGCGCCUCUCUCGGAUCCCACCUUCACACAGCAUAGAGAUCGCAAUAUGAGCAUUGCACAAUACGGGCAGCACAUGAUAACUACGUGGAGCGCUCAUUUUGAGCAAGUCUUGCUGACUACCUCUGGGAAAGCAAACAAGCGGUCACGAUUGAGGCCAUCUGCUAGCACUGCCCCCUCUCCGCCUGGUUCCCCGCCCUUGUCAUCCGAUGUACCUUUGCAAUCUGCCAAGGAUGUCGCGGAGGGAAAGCCUACCUCAUGACACGUCUGCUAUCAAGUCGAGCUCGCCAGCAGGCCAGAAGGCUACCACCACCGGCGUGAAGCGUCAACACGAUAAGUCAAGCGACAUGAGCGAAGACACUCAUGCAACCGUCCCAACCAUGCCAACCUCAUCCAAAGAUGAUGGCAUACGUAGCUCGAAGCGUCGAAAGAUCGACCCUUCCUCUGAGAAGUACC